CACCGCGCUCCUCCCGCGCUCCUCCCGCGCUCCUCCCGCGCCCGCGCCAUGGACCCCGCGCUGGCCGCCGAGAUGGGCGAGGCCGUGGCGCGCACGGUGCUGCAGUACCGGCGAGACGCGUCGGGGUGGCAGCCGUGCCGGGAAGGCAAUGGAGUUUCAGUCUCCUGGAGGCCAUCUGUGGAGUUUCCCGGGAACCUGUACCGAGGAGAAGGCAUCCUGAGGGGGACCCCAGAGGAGGUGUGGGACUGCGUGAAGCCAGAGGCCGGGGGCCUGCGGGAGAAGUGGGAUGAGAAUGUGACCAGCUUCGAGAUCAUCCAGACCAUGACCGACACGCUGUUCGUGUCCAGGACCUGCACGCCCUCCACCGCCAUGAAGCUCAUCUCCCCCCGGGACUUCGUGGACCUGGUGCUGGUCAAGAAGUACGAGGACGGGACCGUCAGCUCCAACGCCGUGCACGUGGAGCACCCGUCGUGGCCCCCAACGCCGGGCUUUGUGCGAGGCUUUAACCAUCCCUGCGGCUGCUUCUGCGAACCUCUGCCAGGGGAGCCCGGCAAGACCAGGCUGGUCACCUUCUUCCAGAGCGACCUGGGCGGCUACCUCCCGCGCGGCGUGGUGGACUCUUUCUUCCCCCGCAGCAUGGCCGGCUUCUACGCCAACCUGCAGAAGGCCCUGAAGCAGCUCCACGCCUGACGCCGUCCCGCGCUGGCCAAGAGCUGCCGUGCGUCACCAAGGAGCUCGGGCGGCUGGGGCGCCAGAGUGCCUGGGUGCACCCAGAACUCACCGGUGGGCGGCGGUGCUCGGGGGACAGCAGCCAGAGGCAGCGGCCACCCUCCCCCUCCUUCUCCGCCAGGGCGGGCGCGGGAGGAGCCGGCACUCGCGCCCCCGGGCAGGGCGCACCCAGGCCCCGGCCACCGGCCCACGUGACGCCAGAGCCUCCCGCUGCCGGCCCCUCUCAGAGACCGUGUCCCUGUCCCUCGAGGAGACCGUCACCGGCACUGACAACCAGACGCCCCGCUGUCUUUUCAGCACCUGGAGCUCCCCCAGACCUGGGCCCCGGACCCCAAAUGUAUUUUCUGAUAGAGACCCCCGUUAUGUUUUUAGCAUCCCACAAGAUUUUUCCCCUUAAAAAGAUGUCAGCUUGGGAAGUGAUGGUGUAAGAAUGGGAUAAGCAUUAAGGAAAAAUAAUUUCGAUAUUC